GGUGGAGAGUUGGACGACCUAUUACCAUCGGUGGUAAUAUAUGAACAACAUAGAUUGGGUCGAAGAAAUACCUGAAAAUACUCGAUUUAAAACUACAAAUAGUCUGAACGAAACUGAUAAACUCAUCAUUCAUGAAUCCUGAAGCCAAGGACUUGGAUUUAAGAAAGGGCGAUGCAGAACGGCCACAUUUCGAAGCAAUUACCACUUUGUCAGACUCGCAGGCGAUUCGGAGUCUCGAUUUUCAUCCGAAUGGAAAGUUGUACGCGGUGGGUUCCAACUCCAAGACUUUUCGCAUCUGUCAGUAUCCACAACUUUCCAAGCUAAGAAAUGGCCAGUCGUCCGUGUAUCCCCCCUCCGUUCUAUGCAAGCGGACGAAACACCAUCGAGGAUCAAUAUACUGUACAUGCUGGUCCAGGGAUGGCGAGAUAAUUGCUACAGGAUCAAAUGAUAAAACCAUCAAGUAUAUGAGAUUUAACAACGAUACAAACCAGCUGAAUAUGGAGAUGGAGUUGAAUAUGCACGAUGGCACCGUUCGCGAUAUGUGCUUUCUGGACGACUCGUCCACGAAGUCCCGACUCUUAGUGAGCGGUGGUGCUGGAGACUGCAAGAUUUACAUUACUGACUGUGUUUCAGGAACCCCGUUUCAGGCGUUUAGUGGCCAUACCGGCCAUAUAUUGUCCCUGUUCAGCUGGAACAAUGCAAUGCUCGUAUCCGGAUCACAGGAUCAAACGAUACGCUUUUGGGAUCUUCGAGUAAACGUUUCGGUAAACACCUUGGAUGGCACACUGGAAAACUCUGCUGUGACAGCCGUUUGCGUUGAUCCCACAGGCAGGCUUCUCGUAGCGGGACAUGCGGAUAGCUCGUGCGUACUAUAUGACAUCCGUGGAAAUCGGCCAAUACAGCGGUUUUAUCCUCACAGCGCUGAAAUAAGGUGCGUUCGUUUUUCUCCCUCCGCUUAUUACAUGCUGACUUGCAGCUACGACAAUUCAAUUAAGCUGACAGAUCUGCAAGGUGAUCUGGCACAUGAGCUAUCCUCCGUGGUGGUGGCGGAGCACAAGGACAAAGCAAUUACGAUUCGAUGGCAUCCAACAGAAUUUUCAUUCAUCUCAACAUCCGCGGACAAAACUGCUACAUUAUGGGCCUUACCCCCCUCGUAAUAGCAUAGUACACUGAGUCCUUCGUUACUCUAGUGACGGACCACGAGAAAAUGAGUUCAUUUCGUUGUCAAUAUUGUAUUUGUACAGCAUGGAUCAAUGCAUUUGUUGGUCAGACUGAUCUAAUUUAUGAAAUAAACCAGAGCUGGAAUAAAUUCCAUGAAGCUUGCUCGCUUAAUUUAAAUCUAGAACUUUACCGAUCAUAGAAUCCGGCCAAAGGCUUUGCAAUAUGUUACUGGGCGCAAUGCAAUCGUUAUCUCUCUUGGAAUUUAUAAAUAAACAAAAAAUCCACUCAAAAUUACUAUUUAAUGCCCGAAGUACAGACAAAUAAAAUA